AUGGGUUUCAAUCCCUGGGUCCCAAACCGAAGACAAAGAGCGGGCUACAUGGCCAUGAUCGCCGAGAACGGCAACUUUGGGGAUAUGUUCUGGGCCUCGAGUGUCCGUAUUCGCCAUCACAAUCGCAGCCGCAACCGGAUUCGCGAGAACGGGCUAGGUCCAGGUGCAGAGCCGGAUACCUGGUCUCUGGACAACCAUGCCGGGAGUGACGUCGGCGAUGUGGUUGGGCUUAAGCGAGAGAUUAAGCAGGAAGAAGGGAAGGAGAUCAAGAAGGAAGAGGUCAAGAUCGAGGUCAAGAGGGAGGAUGGCGACGACGAGGAGAAACAGAAGCAGGUAUUGGUAAAAGAAGAGGACACGAACACGGACAUGGACAUGGACGACGUGGCUGUAAAGAUCAAGAUCAAGGUGGAGGCAGAGGAAGAGGAGAAGAGAUAG